AGGGACACAGUGGGUCAUAUGGCCUCUUCUGUGUCAUAAAUUUUCAACGUUUCUGUGAUAUCUCCCACUUCUUCCAGUUUCAGAUCCAGCACUUUUUAAUCAACGUCUCAGGAUGCACAAAAUAAAACUGUGCAGCAUUUGUUGAGCAAUUGCUCAACCAUUCACAUUAGGGUGUCCUUGAAAACGUUUCCUCCUUGCUCCCACGUGGCAUGGAAACCUUGCCAUUUCCUUGUUACACGGCGUUCUUUGUGAUGUCGUCGCGUUCUGUUGUCAUGGCAGCAGAGUCCUUCGGUUCGAAAGUCCCUUCACUAUUUUGUGUUUGUCUCUGGAGGUGACUAGUUCAGUGCAGCAGAUUAAAUUAUUGUGGGUGUAUUUUUAUUUGUUGUGUCCGAACUGUUUAAUUGCGGCGAGAUGAAGCCCUUGACAUAACCGUCUUUAGCCAGGCUUGCUUGGAGUAACCUAUUAUCAGACAAGCAAUGAAGUUUCUCCAAACGAGAAUACCCCGAAUGUGAAGAAGGGUAAUUCGUCAUGCAAUGGCGAAAUGUCGCACCUGGUACAAGGACGCCUUCAAACUUUGCAAGUUUACAGACUCGUCCAGUUUGUCAGGCAGCGGGAGAAAGCCGAGAUCGAAAAGUUGAUCGCCUUGGGAGUCCCACACUUGGUGAAUUUGAGCGAACCGAGCCAGGGGCAGUUCGCUUUGCAUGUGGCUGCUCUUGCUAACGAUGUUGAAAUAUGUAAACUGCUGCUGUCGCUUGGGGCCGAACCAGACGUGGUGGAUCUAGAUGGCCGGACGGCAGCGAUGAUCGCCGCCGAGGCGGGGCAUGACCUGACGCUGGAGGUGCUGGCAGAGGCAAACGCGGACAUGACAAUCGUAGACAAGGAUGGGAAAGGUAUUCUGUAUUACUGCAUCUCUCCCUCUCUUCGUCAUCUUCAUUGUUUGGAGAUUGCACUCGCAAAUGGAGCUGAUGUUAACAACUGUUCAAAAGAGGGAAAGCCGGUCUUCUUGCUUGCCUGUGAACAGGCUGCAGCAUGCUCCGAAAUGUGUCUGCAGAUUCUAGAGAGGGGCGCUAAUCCAAAUUCUAAGUUUGAGGUAACAGGUCACACUGCUUUAAUGGAAGCAUCCAGAGAAGGUGCCGUUGAUGUUGUGCGUGCUAUCCUGGAGAAAGGAUGCGAGGUUAAUCUUAUGCAAGUUGAUCGGUACAAUGCUGCACAUUUCGCUGCCCAGGGGGGAUUCUUUGAGGUCCUUCGAGCCUUAGUUGCUUAUGACUGUGAUAUAGAUGUUAUUAACAUGGAUGGAAAUACCGCUUUACAUCUUGCAGCAAUGGGAGGAUUUGCUGACUGUGCCAAGUUUUUGGCACAUCGAGGGAGCAAUCCCAAAUUAAAAAAUUUACAGUUGAAAACUCCAAGAGCUGCAGCUAAAGCACUUGGUUUUAAACCCGUGUCGAAAGAGCUACGCAAGGCAGAGCGACUCUACAAUAAGUAUUCCAAACCUGGUGUGAAAAAUCCUAGUCCACCCUGGGCCAUCCAUCUCUAUGACUGGUCUCUAUACCAUGAAAAUACUCUCCGGAAUGCUUUUGCAACAAUGGACAGAGGAGAUGGCACACUUACCCGAGAGGAUUUUGCUGGAAUUUUACUGGAAAAGAAUGCACCAAUAAAGGAAGAAGAGGUAACUACAUUAAUGACAGCACUUGAUAAAACUCGUACUGGAACUAUUGACAUCAAUGAGUUCUUCAAAGGUACCAAAUACCUUGAAAAGAUUUACCUUAUGUCUUCAUAUGAACCAAAGAAGAAAAAGGGAAAGAAAGGUAGAAGGGGCAAGAAAGGCAAAUUGAAUAUACCAAUACCAAUUUGCACAGUUCCAGAAGAAUAUAUGAUUCGACGUGAAGAUGGAGGCCCGCCAGACUUUAUGAUAGAACAAUUUAAGAAUUUUACUGACACAAAUCGAUUUAACCGUGAUAAGCCACCAGAACAUCCGCUGCAGGACGAUUCUUCAUGGUACUUAGAGAAACCAGAGAAAGUGUUCACAAGUAUUAACUAUGCAGCAAAAGCUGAUGAUAUGCAAUCUUUAAAGAAAGCAUUUUAUCAGGGAGUACCAGUCAAUGUGCAGGACAAAUUUUUUACAACUCCACUUAUGGCAGCAUCUGCAGAUGGAAAUUUUACACUUGCCAAGUACCUUGUGGAAGCAAAGGCUAAUGUAAAUGCAUAUGAUAAUUUAAUGUGGACACCCCUUCACCAUGCAUGCCAUGCAGGACAGCUGGACAUUGUGGAACUGCUAGUGAAGGCUGGUGCAUCAGUAAAUGCAGUUUCCAUAAAUGGAGCCACACCUUUAAUGAGGGCAAUAGAAAGCUGCAGACUGGACUGUGUAACGUAUUUGAUUAACCACGGUGCUAAUGUUGAACUGGAGAACCAUAAAGGGCAAAAUGCUUUGGACAUUGCAAAUGCCUACGCUGACUUAAGGAUAAUUGAAGUGGUCAGAGCCAAGAUGGAUAGUCUUCCAAAGAAAGAGAAGCUAAAAGGCAAAGGAGGAAAAGGAGCAAAAGGAGGAAGUGCACCUUCCUCAAGGCCUCAGACUACUGCAGCUGGGUCUUUGGUUGGAGAAUUGGUUUCAAUACAGCCUCCCACAGCAAGAGUUCCAAAGAAAGAAAUCCCCAAAGACAGCAUAGCAAAGAAAAGUGAAAUGUUAAAUAGUGGAGUGGCCAAGAAAGUGGACAUAACCUUUGUACCAAAAAGUAUGUGGACUAACCCACCAACAACUGAAGAACUAAUUCAGAAGAGAGAAGAAAAUCGGGAGAGGUUCACUUACGAAGUAGAUUUUAGUGACUUCCUAAUGCCUUUCAAAAAAAAUAUCAAAACAAAACUGGAAGAAUCGUAAGGUAUGGGUGCCAAGUAGUGAGAAUAUUGCACGAAGUAGCUGUAGAAUUUGGAAAAAUAAUGUUAUCUCACAGAAAAUUAUGUGAAUUACAGGCAAAUGCAACAAACUUUUUUAUUGCAAGGACUAUCAAAUACAUGUAAAAAAGUGUGUGAAACUAUGUAUUUUGAGAAAAGACAGAAAGGUGUCAAAACAUUAAAAAUGUGAUGCUAUUUCAGUUUGUAAGACUAUAUAAAUUAAUAAAGCAGUCAAUUUCUAC